AUGUCCGACACCAUUGAACAGCAUAGCAGCCUGGCGCCGUCUCCUACUCGGCUCCGACCAGAAUCACCGUGUCCCAACUUCUCCCGUCCACGACGGGGCCAUCAGCGGAGCUAUUCGACCGGGCUUCCUUUCGCAUACACGAAAGGCGCCAUGGGCAAGAGCCAACAGGCUGCAUCUCGCCAAACAAAUGGCAAGUAUCACGCAGACCAUGCAUUGAUUGAUCCUGUGUUGGGGCAAACCCGUCGCGCGUUCGAGACAGUGGACGAUGGAACGCUGGAAUGCUCUCUGAAGAGAAACCUCGCCAACGAGCGCCACUGUGGAGAGCAAGAUGUGAGGGAUGCUUUCGAGAGAUGGAUUCUGUCCGACAAGGCCCGCAAACGGCUCAAGCAGCCAUAUUUUGCCCGUGAAGAUUCAGACCCUCAAUACUCUCCAGACUCGGUGCAUCUUUCGGGUGUGCGCGGUGGCCUUGCCCACGAAGAUGGUCAGGAGGAGGGACCCUUGUACGAGAAGGUUGAUGGGGUCGUUAUGGACGCCCGUCCCGGGGGGUCGGCCGGUCCGUAUGCAAUGGAACAGACACUGCCGGAGAUCGAGGCGCAUGACAUUCGCGAGAUUCAAGACAGGUCGACCAAUAGGUCCGUUGGCUCAUCAGCAGCUGAAGAUUUCCAGGCGCCCCUCUCGUCUUCGUCGACCGAUUCCAGUAGGGAAAGGAGUGGAGCGAGCCCUCAACUCUGGUCAGAGAGCUCGGGGUCAGUAUCCACAGCAUCCACCGACAAUGGCGUGCUGAAGCCCUACCAACAUAUCUCGAAAGAGUUCAUGCCAUCUUCUAUGGAUGAACGCGAAGAAGGCCGCCAGCAUAAUAAGGGCUCCCAGGGUACAUUGCCUCCUGGUAUUUCAGAGCUAGACAGCGGACAAAUCCCAUCGGCCGAGCUGCAAUCUACUAAUGCAGUAACUAUAUCGCCUUCACCGUUAGGAGUUAUUGGUGAAGAGGAGCGGAAGAAUGUCACCAACAGUCGGGUUUUGAAUACUGCGUUAGUCCCCAACGUCAAAGGUGUCAGAGAUGGGGAGAUUAUGGGUCAUCUGCCGAGAGCUUCAGCAACGGCUAGGAAAAUAAGCGAGCCCUCUAUGACUUCCAGUCCUCAGCACGCCACCUCCCAGAGCCACCUUGACUCGCCGCCGAGGGUGCUCGGUGCCGCGGGUGUUGGUGGCAGCGGGCAGGUCUAUGAACUCGAGGCGACGGCACCCCUCAAACCUGGCAACAAUGGUAUCAAAUUUUCCGCGCCUCCCGUUGACCAUGACAGUACUGUCGAUGAGCCGAAUGCCUUCACUAAGCUAGAGCAUGGCAUCUCCAGAGCAGCGCACGCCGUCCAUCUUAAAGUGAAGAAAAAUGUCACAUUCAGCAAAGUCGAUGAUGUGAGGUUCAGGACGCCGUCACCACAUCCUUCCUCACUGGACAAUACAAGCGCCGUAGAGGUCGACCACGAGCGACGAGUCUGUGUGAACCCAUAA